UAAUUCUUAAGAAACCUCAAGCUUUCAGAUUUCUUCAACUCUUCUUUCUACUCUGCUUCAUACAUUUAUUUAAGGAAGAAGAGUGGUAUAAAUAUUAAGUGAUGUCUUCCAUUAACCCCGAAUCACAAUCAAUGGCUCAAGACCAUAAAAAGAAUGGUCAUGGCAGCUAUAAACAAGAAAAAUAUGCGAGGGUCAUUGAAGUCGUGCUGAGGUUCAUUUUGUUCUUAACAGCUUUAGCUCCCGUUAUACUCCUUGCCACUAGUAAGCAAACGGUGUUUUUUCGAAUACCGUUCCCUCCUUAUGGAAUGUCAGUUUCUGCUAAAUUCACUACUAUGCCUGCCUUGGUGUAUGAGAUAUCAGCGCUUUCAGUGGCUUGCUUAUACAGCAUUAUCACAGGGAUCAUAUCCCUUUUUUCUUUCAUGAAGGGAGCAAAAAGAUCAGCAAAACUAACGUUUACUAUUUUUGUGAUGGAUUUGCUACUAGUUGGGAUCGUAGCAGCAGCAGCAGGAGCAGGAGGAGAAGCUGCUUACAUAGGACUCAGAGGAAACAAAGCUGCAAAAUGGCCCAAGAUCUGGUGGAUCUCCAAAGAUAUGAAAGAUCUCCCUCCAAGCACCGUACAUACCACUUUCAUCGAAUACGGCUUUGUGCAGAAUUCUAUAUGUAUCUAUGAAAUCGAGUAUGGAAUUUUGUUCACUCACUUUAAAUUGAGUAUCCGUUUCCCUCCUUUUCCUGCUAGGAUUGAAAAUCCUGUAUUUUACAUAUCCAUACGAUUUAGUCCUUGUGUUUCCCAAAUAGUGUAAAAAAAAGUGCUUCGAAUCACUGCUACUUGACUCAGACUUGUUCUAAAAAAGUUGAGGUAUUUAAAUUUAAUGUUAUAAUUCUAAAUUUUGG